AUGGCACUGAAAGAGGAGAGUCAAGAACUGAAUGAAACAGAAGAGAAAGACCGAAAGGAGAAACAUCAUGACUUCAAAACUGAAGACAAAUCAAUUAGUUACUCAAGUUCUGAAAAGAUUUUCUUACGAAAUAAAGCUACAAAAACACAAACUACAAGCCUUAAUUCCCACAGGAGAAUUCACACUGGAGAGAGCUCUUUCACCUGCCAACAGUGUGGACAAAUUUUCAAUCGAAAAGGAAGCCUUACAGUCCACAUGAAAAUUCACAUGGAAAAGAAGCCAUUAAUAUGCCCUCAGUGUGGAAAGAGAUUUACACAGAAAAAAACCCUUAAUGUCCACAUGAGGAUUCACAUUGGAGAGAGACCUUACACCUGCAAACAGUGUGGGAAGAGUUUCACAGUAAAUGGAGAUCUUAAAAUUCACAUGAGAAUUCACACUGGAGAGAGACCGUUCAUAUGUGUUCAGUGUGGAAAGAGUUUUAAAGAGAAAAAAUCCCUUAAUGUUCACAUGAGGAUUCACACUGGAGAGAGACCGUAUGAAUGUGAUCAGUGUGGAAAGAGUUUCACACACAAAAAAAACCUUAAUGUCCACAUGAGGUUUCACAUUGGAGAGAGACCUUACGCCUGCAAACAGCAAACAGUGAGUUUCACAGUAAAUGGAGAUCUUAAUAAUCACAUGAGAAUUCACACCGGAGAGAGACCGGAGACCGUUUUUCAAUGUGGAAAGAGUUUUAAACAGAAAAAAUGCCAUAAUGUUCACAUGAGAAUUCACACUGGAGAGAAGCCUUACAUCUGUAAUCAGUGUGGAAACUGUUUCAGAUAUAAAGAAAACCUUAAUAAUCACAUGAGGAUUCACUCAGGAGAAAAGCCUUUCAUGUGCCAUCACUGUGGAAAGAGUCUCACAAGUCUCACAAACCUAGAGAUUCACUUAAGAGUUCACACUGGAGAGAGGCCUUUCACCUGCCCUCAGUGUGGAAAGAGUUUCACAAAUAAAGGAAACCUUAAGUGUCACAUGAAAACCCACGCUGGAGAGAAGCUUUUCUCGUGUUAUGAGUGUGAAAUGAGUUUCACUAGCAAACUAACUCUUCAGAAUCACGUAAAAACUCACUCUGGAGAGAGGCCUUUCCCGUGCCACCAAUGUGAAAAGAGCUUCGAUCAUAAAGGACUCCUUAAUAUUCACACGAGGAGUCACACUGGAGAGAAGCCCUUCGUGUGUCCUCAGUGUGGAAAGAGGUUUAUUCAUCGAGGACAUCUUAAUGAUCACUUAAGGAUUCACACCGGAGAGAAGCCUUUCGCAUGCACUCACUGUGGAAAGUGUUUCACACAUCAAGCAAGCCUCUCAUGGCACAUGAGAACUCACACUGAAGAAACUCUUAAGCGCUACAUGAGAAUGCACCCUGAAGGGAAUCCUUUCAAAUGCCAUCAGUGUGGAAAGAGUUUCCUUCAUAGAGGACACCUUAAUGAUCACUUAAGGGUUCACACUGGAGAGAAACCAUUCACAUGCCCUCACUGUGGAAGGAGUUUCAGUCAUAAAGGAUACUUUCAUGUUCACUUAAGGAUUCACACCGGAGAGAAACCGUUCGUGUGCCAUCAGUGUGGAAAGAGCUUCACGCAUAAAGGAAGCCUGAAGUGGCAUAUGAGAAUCCACACUGAAGGACUUUUCACUUGCAAUGAGUGUGGGAAGAGUUUCGCCUAUAAAAGGAAACUUCAGAUUCACAGAAGAAUUCACACCGAAGAGAACCCUUUAACUUGCCUCCAGUGUGGAAAAACAUUCACAUGUAACAAAAAGUUUAAGUGUCACAUGAAAACUCACUCUAAAGUCAAUCCUUACUCAUGCAAUCAAUGUGGAAAGCGUUUCAAUCAAAGAGGACACCUGAAUGAACACAUGAGAACUCACACCGGAGAGAAGCCGUUCACAUGCCAUCUGUGUGGAAAGAGCUUCAGUCAGAAAGGAACCUUUAACAUUCACCUAAGAAUUCACACCGGAGAAAGGCCGUUCACGUGCCAUCAGUGUGGAGAGAGAUUCAGUAAGAAAGGAAACUUGAAUGUUCACCUGAGAUCUCACACUGCCAUCAACCUUGCAUGCCAUCCAAGUGCGCAGAGUUUAAUUCAAAAAGCGCACCUUAAUGAUUUCACAGUAAAUGGAGAUCUUAAAAUUCACAUGAGAAUUCACACUGGAGAGAGACCGUUCAUAUGUGUUCAGUGUGGAAAGAGAGAAAAGCCUUUCAUGUGCCAUCACUGUGGAAAGAGUCUCACAAACAAUGCAAACCUUGAGUCUCACUUGAGAAUUCACACAGGAGAGAAACCUUUCACCUGCAAACAGUGUGGAAAGAGUUUCAGAGUUAAAGGAAACUUGGUGACUCACAUGAGGAUUCACACUGGAGAGAAGCCAUUCACAUGUCUUCAGUGUGACACGAGUUUCACGUAUAACAAAGACCUGAAACAUCAUUUGAAAACUCAUUCUGGGAAGAAAUUGCCGUUUUCCUCAGUGUGA